AUGGGGUGUCUGAGAAAGAUUUCAGCCGAGACCAUACUCUCGCAUCUUCUUUCAAGAACUAACGUACUACAUCAAAAGCGAUAUGGUCCAUUCUUCGAAGAAUAUGGAAUGGAUCGAAUCGAAAAGAUGGUCUUCGAUGCUUUCACACCGGGAAUGCAAACCAUCUUGGACCUUGAUUCAAUUGGAUUGGAGGAACUCAUGGAGAUAUCUGGAGAUCCUGCCAUCGACAAAGAUGCCGGUAUCUAUCUGCACAUCAUUACGACUACACAGUCAUCCUUGGAUCAAGUCUUCUGGCUAUAUGUCGGUCAAUCUUUCGAACUUCGAGAAUGCAUUGGUGAUCACAAUGAUCCCGAAUAUCACCGGAAACACCCAUCUCUACAUUACAAGGUCGGGGAUUCUAUCGAUGAUGUCAAGUCAAAUUUUGUCAAAAUUGCGACUGUUCAGGGGAAGCAACAUAGGUCCAUGGCAUAUCUCUUGAACAUCAUAGAGAUGUUCGCGUGCUGCAUCUUUCAAACCUUGCGGCCGAACGAUCUUGAGAAGUAUCUCCCGACAAAUGUUCCAAAGCCUUGGGCUGACCAACAUCUGAAUCUCGCCUUGCCUCUAUGGCAAGGGUUCAGUGACCAGGCCAUGGAUGAAACCGUUGUGACAAGAUCCUUCACGGAAUGCCUGUUUAGCACCGACCCGCUUGUCAGACAGUGGGCCGAACACCUACGUGAUGUCUUUCAUAGCUUAUCGUCUUCUCCGGAUCCCAAAAAGCGCGAGUAUUGGAGGCAGUUGAUUAUGGAAAACUUUGUGCAGACGGGUCACAAUGCCCUCAUGCAGAAAACAGAGAAAAAGUAUGGGAAUUACCUACGCCACGGGAAAGAAUGCACAAUUAGAAUCAACAAGCAAGGACACCCUACUUUAUGUCGUGGCAAAUACAAACUGCAGGUCCAAUCGUUUAACAACCUAGGGUUUCGCUUGGCACAGGGCCAGACGGUUCUUGUCCGGCCUAUUUUGAUGGACAACCCUAGCCCACUGCGUUAUGUCUGGAAAGCCUCCCCGGGGGAUCCUUGCAGUAGACUUUUGUUUUUCGUGAAGGCCACCGCACACGAUCAAAAAGAGCAUUCCUUUUUCCUUAGCAGCGGCAGCAAGCAGGCUAUCAGUUACAUGAAUACUUUCGUUGAUAUUCUGGAAGGACUACCUUUAGAGCUGUCGUUGCAACAACCUGGUCGGACCAGUUGGAAACAGGUGAAGGGGAACUCGGUAUAUUUUGAGAAUAAUCAAAAACUGCAUGGGACUGAUUAG